AUGGCUAACACGAAGCCUAAAGAAGGAAUCAAGACUGAAAGCAAGGACCACAUUAAUUUCAAGGUGGCAGGGCAAGGCAGCUCAGUAGUGCAAUUUAAGAUUAAGAAGCAAACACCACUUAGGAAACUAAUGAAAGCCUAUUGCGAACCAAAGGACACACCUGCACAGUUGGAAAUGCAGAAUGAAGAUACAAUUGAUAUAUUCCAACAGCAGACUGGAGGUGUUUACCAAAAAGAGAACCUAUAA